AUGUCAGACCCAAUCACUUAUGAAGUCAAAGACAGAGCAGUAUUGAUUACUUUGAACAAUCCAAAAAAACUCAACUCCUUAACCAUACCACAAUAUGAUAUACUUUGCAAAUUCUUAGAAAGAGCAAACAACGAAGAGGGCACUAUCAUCACUUUGAUUCAAUCUACAGGCAGGGUCUUCUCUGCAGGUGCCAAUGCUGAUUUUGUUACCUCCCAAGAUACCGAACUUGACACUUGGUUGAACUUGUCAGUGGCAAAGCAAACAUUUUUGGUGCAAACGUUUCUUGCCCACAAAAAGAUCCUUGCAGUCGCUUUGAAUGGACCUGCUAUAGGAUUAUCAGCAUCCUUUGUGGCACUUUGUGAUUUGGUCUAUGUCAAUGACUUGUCAAAAACAUUCUUUUUAACUCCCUUUGCAAAUAUUGGUAUUCUCGCUGAAGGUGGUACAUCGGCCACACUUCCAAUUCGUUUAGGCUGGUCCAAAGCUGCCGAAGCAUUGUUGUUGUCCAAGAGAAUUUCUGGUCAAGAUUUACAAAAUGCUGGGCUCGUAAACAAACACUAUGGAGGGAAAUUUAAAACAGCUGAAGAGUUCAAUUCCACCGUCUUGGGCGAGUUGCUCGACGCUACAGAAAACUUGCAUGUUGACUCGAUUUUGCAAAAUAAGGAAUUGUUGAAACAGAUUUACAAGCCAGCCAUUAGUAUGGUUAACUCUCAAGAAGUCUCCAGAGGAGUUUAUAAAUGGACUUCGGGAAUCCCUAAAGAUAGAUUCAAGAAACUUGCCAGUGGCGAGUUAAAACACAAGUUGUAG